CAUGCAGAGCGAAAAGAUCAUCAAAAAAGUUCCUAUCGACCAUGUAAUGAUAACAACAAGGCCCGAUUCAAUGACACUCGAAUAGCACAUCCAACCAGAAACUCCCAAAAUGAGCGGGAAAGUUAUAAACAAAUUGACUGUCCAGUAUGGACCACAAACCCAUAGCAGUUUUGGUCGUUUCUUGCGACGGGUCGUCAUUUCGCCGCUUUCAGGAUCCACGAAUUGUUCUUCGACGGUUUCAGUGGUUUGCGCUAAAACAGCCAUGUUUCCAACCCUGCCCGCUCCCAAACACCCACAGACAAUAGAAGAAACAAAAUAUUGCUCGUCGACGACGUGCGCGGAAUCUUCGCCAUUUUUCCUGGAGUUCAAACACCACCACGAAGGAUGAUCAUCUUCCCACGUAACAUUGACACAGCCAACAGCAAAAUCGGAAUCUUCCCAGUGUUUUAUCUUGAGUUCCCGUGCAGCAUCGAUUGGACUGUCACUAGAAAAUGUUGGACCAUCCCCAUUAUCGUUCGCGUUGUCGUUUUCAUCCGUCACUGCUGCUUGUACAUCCGGCCCGCUCGUUUCGUUUGGUUCCCCAAUAUCGAUCAGAGCAGUCUCUCCCUUUAAAAUUGGAUCGUUCUCCUUUAUUGUCAUAUUAAUAGCUUGACUCAGGGGAUCUAUUCGAUAAGAACCAUCGAGUCAACAAAUAGUAGUAAUUCAGUAGUAGAAGUAACAAAUAAUUAUGUAGACUUCGCUUCUGAAACAAUGUGUUCAACGUGCGAAGAUGGUAAAAAUUAAAUUGAUGAUUUCAGCUGUCAAAAAACUGAUACCGUUUUCGCCGUAGUACGAAUACGUACCGUACAAGCUGACCAUGCGGCGUCAACAAAAACAGAAGCCCGUCGUUGUACGGUACGUCCUACAGUCCGCAGGGGUCUAAAUUUAUCUCCCCUGGUCCUACGUACUACCGUUAGGUACUUUACUUUGUACCGUACACGAGUUUCGUGCGAAUUCAGAUUCAGUCCUCCUCAAAGGAAAUAAUACGUACGUACCAUAUUUACGAAUGAUACGACGCUUGCAGAUAUGAUCUACAGUAAUUGUACAGGGUUAUGCAAAGUGUACCAGUAUUAUGGAAAAAUUAGAGUAGUGCAAAGUGUACCAGUAUUUUGGAACGGAGGUAGUAUUAUUUAGUCCUAAUUUCUACAGUAGAAGACAAGACUACGACGCACUCGUACCCAGGCAAGGGGUUCGAACGUACGUACGUACGUACUAUCGUACUAUUCUUUUCAAAUCAUUUUGAACGAUACUCCGUACGCUAGUACGAACUACUACUCCAUUCCAAACAUACGAUAGUAAAUUCCAGUAAGAUUCUGUGAAACGACAUGGAUACUGACCAACAGGCAGUCUCAAGUCAUUGUCGUUGUCUUCCUUGCAUGCUUGGUAAUUGCUGUUAAAGAUCGGAGAAGAUACUACAUCACCUUGCAGAUAUUUCCCUAACUUCUUAUUUAUUACCAUGUCGCAACGUCGCGGAGGAAGCACCAAGGAAACCGUAGCUGUGCAGAACGAGGAGAUAGUUCCCUUUUCUCAGGCACUUGAUGGUCCAGCAUCUGGUGGCAAUGAGGUGAUGGAUCGUGAAUCGAUAGAACCUUCACAGAAUGCACAUCCUUCAAACCUUACAUCAUCAAACAAAGCAGUUGCAUCAUCUGUUUCUCUGGAUGUGAUGUACAGUGCAGAAAGCCAACAAAUUCGAACCAAGGCCUGGCAAGAGUCUUAUUUCGCUCGUGGAAAUGUGCACAGUACGUGGGAAGCCGAGUAUAUCGAACUCAAAGAAAACGGUUGGUACGGUGAAUGCUCAAAGAUGAUGGACGGACACAACAGCAAUAGUGUGCCUUGUGGAUGCUGCUCGGCUAUAGUCUGUCCGAUGCUAGGCGCCAGUAGAGUAGGAAACAUGGCAGUCCUGAAACAGUCGAACGAAUGGGUCACCGAAGAAGUUCCGGACUUAGAAAACGGAGGAACCAAAAUCGAACGUUCCACCCGGCCUAGAUUGGAUUUUGUCGUCGGACCCGUGAGUCAAAAACCUCUGCAUGAUGGAACGCAACAACAGCGACCCGAACGAUUCUGGACGGAUUCUGAAAACGAAAUUAUUUUUCAUGUCUUUGAAAAAAGGAUACUGUAAUCUCAUGCUUUUCUUUAUAUGUCCAUCUCUUUAUUGUCAGUACUGGCCUAUGCUUUGUAUGAUAACGUAUCCAUUGAUUUUGGGAGUCUCGGGUGUUACGCUAGUGACUGUCAUUCCGAAGGUGAAUGUCCUGGUCGGUAUUGCCUGGGCUAUUUGUACGGGUGGACUCAUCUUUGCGCUCGCCAUGACAUCCUUUCGCGACCCUGGGAUCCUGCCCCGCCAUAGAAAUCCUCCUGCAAACCAAGAAGAGAUGGGUUGGAGAUGGAACGAUCGCGCCCUCAGCUAUCGACCGAGAGGGUCUUGGUAUGACCAAGGUAAUUAUUCUCUAUGAGGUGAUCGUCUGUUGCUUUUUGAGAUGGGGCUCAUUUUGAGUUUUUGGCGCAAGUACAUUGGUUUCUGAAAGCUUUUUCUUGUCAAUUUUUCUUACACAGACACAGCAGUAAUUGUAGAAGGGUUUGACCACACGUGAGUACUUCUUCUGUUUUCUUGAAAUUCGUUGCUUGUUCUAGCGCAACGAUGUUGGUGUUGUGGAAGUCUAUACCUUUGUUUCUUGCUGUCACUAAUAUUUCAUACGUCGUUGACCUAAAAGGUGUCCAUGGACGGGCACCGCGAUAGGAAAAAAAAACAUGUGUGCCUUCCAGUUCUUUGUCACUCUAGUUUUUGUGUGCUUAAUAUUUGACAUCAUCUUGCUGACUGGAAGUGUUUGAACUAGCGAUCAACAUUUGGUGCGAAGAAUCAUUUUUGACGCGACUAUUGCACUGCAACCACACAGAAGUCUGCAAAAUAUCACAAUCUAAGUGCAAUUCUAAAAAUAUAGGACGAGUCAUGAAGAAUAGAUGAUUCAACCACCAAAUUUUGUCUUUUUUUGUUUCGCUAUCAAAAGGAAAUUGUAACCAAAAAGUCAAAAAUGAGCAUUCAUGCAUUCACUCACACCGAUUUGCAAAGGAAUUAGAGGAUCAAAUUACUAAAUACUGCAAUCGUCAAGUAGCUCAAUUUUCGCUUGUAUUCACGCGCACUGGAUAACAAAAAGAAUACUGAAAU